AUGAUGAUCCCCCGCUCCUUCAGUCAUCUCCUCCUCCCCAAGACACCCACCAACCCCGUCCAGCCGCCGGCUGUCUCGGCCGCCGCCGCCGCCGCCCUCUCCCGGUCCCUGAGGCGCGCCAGGUCGGCCAUGGCGUUCAACAAGAUCCAGGUCGCCAACCCCGUCGUCGAGAUGGACGGCGAUGAAAUGACCAGGGUGUUCUGGAAAUCUAUCAAGGACAAGCUUAUCUUCCCUUUCGUGGACCUGGACAUCAAAUACUUUGACCUCGGGCUUCCAUAUCGUGAUGAAACCGAUGACAAAGUCACAGUCGAGGCUGCGGAGGCCACACUCAAGUACAAUGUGGCUAUCAAGUGUGCCACCAUUACACCAGACGAAGCAAGGGUGAAGGAGUUUGGCUUGAAGGCCAUGUGGAAGAGCCCGAAUGGCACAAUCAGGAACAUUCUGAAUGGCACUGUGUUCAGAGAACCAAUCAUCUGCAAAAACAUCCCAAGGCUUGUUCCAGGCUGGACAAAGCCCAUUUGCAUUGGGAGGCAUGCAUUCGGUGAUCAAUACCGGGCAACUGAUGCAGUUAUCAAGGGACCUGGCAAGCUCAAAUUAGUUUUUGAGGGAAAAGAAGAGCAAGUUGAACUGGAGGUGUUCAACUUCACUGGUGCUGGAGGAGUUGCCUUAUCCAUGUACAACACUGACGAGUCCAUCCAUGCCUUUGCUGAGGCUUCUAUGGCCACUGCUUAUGAGAAGAAAUGGCCAUUGUACCUUAGCACCAAGAACACAAUUCUGAAGAAAUAUGAUGGCAGGUUCAAGGACAUUUUCCAGGAGGUGUACGAAGCUGGUUGGAAAACCAAAUUUGAAGCUGCCGGCAUAUGGUAUGAGCAUCGUCUCAUUGAUGACAUGGUAGCAUAUGCACUUAAGAGUGAAGGAGGGUAUGUCUGGGCUUGCAAGAAUUAUGAUGGAGAUGUGCAGAGCGAUUUCUUAGCUCAAGGUUUUGGCUCAUUGGGUUUGAUGACAUCGGUACUGGUGUGCCCUGAUGGAAAGACGAUCGAAGCUGAAGCUGCCCAUGGUACUGUUACCCGUCAUUACCGUGUUCAUCAGAAAGGAGGUGAAACCAGUACAAACAGUAUUGCCUCAAUCUUUGCUUGGACAAGAGGACUUGCACACAGGGCAAAGCUUGAUGACAAUGCUAGACUACUUGACUUCACCCAGAAGCUUGAGGCUGCCUGCAUUGGGGCUGUUGAGUCUGGGAAGAUGACCAAGGAUCUUGCCCUUCUUGUUCACGGAUCUGCAAAUGUCACGAGGAGCCAUUACCUGAACACCGAGGAGUUCAUCGACGCUGUUGCUGAUGAGCUCAGAUCAAGGCUGGCGGCCAACUCAAACCUAUGAAAUCCUUGCUGAAGUUCUGAUGCUUCCUUGCACGACGAUUCGAGUCAUUUUUCUUAUGUCGCCAUUUUCUAUCCUUGUGCCACCACCCUGAAAGGCUGAACUAGGCGAAUAUCUGCAGGCUGCAGCAGUAUGCCAGAUCAUUACCAAUGAGAGAUUGUGCUAGAUUCCGCGAUUAUGGAACUCAUAUACCUUAUUAUCUGAUACAUUUUACGUUUUUUAAAAAAAUAUCUGAUACAUUUCAAUAAAGUCCAUUCAGAAUGCUUUUCUGGUUGUCUCUU